UAUCGAAUUUAUGUCAACACUGAAUGUCAUAAAUAAUCACUUCAAAACACAUGUCUGGUUAGUUUGAAUUAACAUUCUGAAUAGUUUUUAUUUAACGAGAGUGAAUAUCAGACAUCGAAAAUGGGUUAUGGAUCGGAUUUCUCGCCGGAUGGUCGACUGUUCGCCUUACUAGACACGGAUGGUAAACUAAAAAUCUGGAAUGUUAAAGACAAUCGAUUGACUCAAGAGUACGUUCCCGACCUUCAUCUGAGUCAGCCGUACACUUGUUUCGUAUGGUUUACGGCAUGUGCAGGCAUACAGGAUGGAACGUUGUACAUUGCAUUGGGAACGAGCGAAGGAGGUGUCGACUUAUAUUCACAUGCCCAGGGCAAGCUCGCCAGAAAGUUUACAGGGGACGGUCAUGCGGGUGCAGUCACUGCCAUUUGUCUACAUUCCAAUACAACGUUGUACACAUCCGGCGAAGAUUCAAAAAUCGUCGAGUGGUCGCUCACCAAAUGCUCUUCCGUCCGAUAUAUUUCCAUCGGCAGAAUUGUUCCCACGUGCAUCGUUUCGUUGCCACUAUCCAAUACGUUGCUUCUCGGCUGCAAACAAUUGCAUCAGUGGUCGCUGGGAGAGGUGCCCGAAAAAAAGGCCACGCUGACCGGUCAUUCGGCUGAUGUAUCGUCGAUGAAAGUGGUCCAGUUUGCGGAGCGUGAAGAAUAUGUUGUCACUACAGCAAAGAACAAUCGGGAAAUUUAUCUGUGGAAAAUCGGUUCCAAGAAGGGUCCGAAGGGAACAUUUCUGAUGGAACACUCCGCUUCUUUCGUUAGCUGUUCGGUUUUCGACAGGAAAUUAAUCAUAGCGGCCGUAACACAAGCAAGUGGUGGGCCAAAUGGUGGCGUUGUUCAUUUGUUCAUCAUUAAGGACAUUAGUGACAUUGGCAAAAAGCAAAAUCCAAAAGUGACGUUGGCAGUGGCAUUCGAUUCGGGAAAGAUUGGAUCAAUUCCAAUUGUGGCGGCGACAACCAGUUUCAGCCAACCACAUAGUUCAAACAUACUGAUCGGAUACGGCAACUUACCGACACUGUCAUUCGAAGAUGUGCAUUACAACCCCAACGAGAAGAAACAGAUACUGGACCGUGAAGAUCCCAGAUUGAGCCGACACGAGAAAACCAAGGAAAUUUUCAAAACAAUCGUUCCGAACACAAAUAACACAGUACACAACCCCGGUCCCGCUAAGAAAACGAAAGGGGAUCGCAAACCGGAGAUUUCGCUGCAAGAACGAAUGAGCAAUUUGAGUACGAGUCAAAGCGAUGAUGAUAAAGGUCACAGUCUGGUUGAAACACUGAAGCAAGCACUGCAUAACCAUGAUGCUGCAAAUAUUCGCACUGUUUUGGCCACCAAGGAUGAGAACAUGAUACGGUCGACAUUGAAACGACUGCCGGCACAUUACGUGCCUAGUCUGAUAGAUGAACUGACACUGUUGACGCAUAAGAAGACAGCAAAUGUUCAAGUAGCUGUACGCUGGCUGAAAUUGCUACUCCAAAUCCAUGCCAGCCAAUUGAUGGCAUUGGGAAAAGAUGAACUCCGCGACAGGUUCGGUGCGUUGCUUGGAAUCAUACAAAAUCGAACGAAUUGCCUUGUUCAGUUGACGACGUUAUCAGGUCGAUUGGACUUCCUGUUGAAUCAAAUCAAACGGAACACCGACGACGAUCCGAUAUUCAAUCAUGAAAAUCUGCUGGUCUACGAAGACGAGUCGUCGAACGACGAAGAUUCGGCUGACGAGAGUGGUAUGGAGUAUGGUAGUCAAUCUACCGAUGUGGACAUGUCCGAUGAUUCGUCGUCUGGGAGUGAAGCCUAAGCAGUGACAGUUCACCAGUUUAUAUCAUAAAUUUGUGAGAAAUCGUUGGAAGUGUACAAGUCUAACUGAAAGUUUUGUUGUGGAAAAUACAGAAACAUGGAUGGACGACAA